AUGCCGCCCCGAAAACGCACGCGCGCGAGCGUCAGUGCGAAGCGUGAGCCCUCACUACUGUCCGAUUCUGAGAUCUCGGUCAUCUCAGUAGCCUCGAGCGACUUCAAGCCCGGCUCAGCGUCGAGUGCGGCCAGCGAGCCCGAGAGCGCGUAUGAGUCUACGCCGGAGCCUGAGCCGAAACCGAAGAAGCGCAAGGCGACCGGACCAGCACGCGAGAAGAAGCCGACGAUACCGGUUGGCGAUAUUGAGGACGGACCCGUCGUCGCACGGCCGCACGGGAAAAGCUACCAUGACAUCGGGGACGUGGUCGCGAACCAGGAUGCGCUGCUCGAGUGGUUCGAGAGCGUGCGUCCGGAGGCAAAGGGGCAAAGGGCGUAUGAGACGCAGGUCGCGACCGUGAUCGCAUACUGGGAACGCUGGAUGGAGCGCUGGCCCACGAUUGCCGACCUGGCCAUGGCCGACAUCGAGGACGUGAACGCCGCCUGGCGCGGGCUGGGAUACUACCGCCGCGCCAAGAGUCUGCUCGACGGCGCAAAGGCCGUCAUGGCCAACCCCGGUUUCAAGGGCGUCGGACGAUAUACAGCCGGCGCGAUCGCGAGUAUGGCGUACGGCGUCCGCACGCCGAUCGUGGACGGAAACGUGCACCGCGUCCUUACCCGCUUGUUGGCCUUGCAUGCGCCGCAGACGGCACCGGCGACGAUUCGCUCCCUCUGGGACAAGGCCGAGGCGCUCGUUGACGCACUGCCGAAGGGGCUCGGGAAGGGUAUCGCUGGAGACUGGAACCAGGGGCUGAUGGAGCUGGGCGCGACGGUGUGUCGACCUACAGGGCCGGACUGUUCUGGCUGUCCCCUCCAGACAGCUUGUCACGCUUACGCUGAAGAGGGAGAGGAAUGCGAUCUCUGCGCGCCGAUACCGGGCACGGGGGACACGAUACCCUCAGUCACUGUAUUCCCGAUGCGGAAGGAGAAGAAGGCGUCGCGAGUUGAGCACGAGGCGGUCUGUAUUACGGAGUGGGCUGGGCCAGAACGGCGCUGGCUCUUCAUCAAGCGACCAGAGAAGGGUCUUCUUGCCGGUCUGUUUGAGCCGCCGACUAUCCCCAUCAACCCUGCGGCUGACAAGCUCGCCGCCGCGCUUGAGGGGCUGGACGGCCUGCUCGGUACCCCGACAAGAGAGCUCGGCACGCUGAGCCACACCGAGGUCGCGGCCGUCCCGCACAUCUUCAGCCACAUCGACAUGACGUACCACGUCCAGCACCUCGUGCUCGAGUGCGAGGCGCAGCCGCCGACACCGGAGCGCGGCGUGUGGCUCACGGCCGACGAGGUCGAGAAGGCCAAUGUCGGGACGGGCGUGAAGAAGGUGUGGGCGGCCGCCUAUGGCGCCUGGGGCAAGACGGAGCGGACGGGAAAGGCCGCCACAAAGGCCAAACCGAAACCCAAAGCCAAGGCUGCACCUAAGCGCAAGGCGCCCAAGAUCAAAAGCGAGAACGGCAAGGUCGUGCGGAAGGUCAUGAUGCCUAUCAUGCCGCAGAAGUAG